GCGGCUCGUUUGUUUACAUCCUCCCCCCGCGCGGCGCCAAGUUCAAAGCGAUGGCUGGUUCAAGAUCCGCUUAUAUCACGUAGCGAGAGAGGAUUUUUCUCCUGGAUCUAAUAUACGAUAAGAGAGAGAUCCUCAAUAACAAGAAGAACGAUGCGGCCCUGUUGGAAAUGAAGAACAAGGCGUGGGAGUAAAUCGCCGACGCCUUCAACUGCGCUGGUCUUGGCCAAAGGCGAACCACCAAGCAGCUGAAGAGGAUCUGGGAGUAUAACAGGUGCAGAGCCAAGAAAAUGCGUAGCAGCUACCAGCAUGAACUCUCUAGAAUUGGUGGAGAGGCUCUACCGCCAGUCACUGAUCUGGUCUUGACAAAGGUUAUGAAGAUCAUGAGAUCUGAACUAGAUGAUGUCCCAGUUAGCAAGUUUGAUUGUGAUGCUGUUCGUGUAGCUACAACUGCAUCACCCUCCGUUCCUGAGGUACCAGCAGUUGCCAGAAAUCCAGAUCAGGCAUCUAAAGUGACUAAUCUGGAAGGAGAGUGUAUCACUCUAGAUGAACUAGGUCAAGAGAGUCAUUGGGAGACGGUGGACACAACAGUCACAUCUGGCCUAGAAUCCUCUAGACCCGGUUCCAGAACCAGCAGCACUCCUGAACCUCCUGUACCUUCUCCUCAUGCAAAUGACCAUAAUGCUGCUACACCAACCUCCAUAGGAAGAAAGAGACGGAGGCUUAGUAAGUUUACAAAGGAAUACUGCUAUAAUCAGACGCUGCAAUAUCAAGAGGAACAACACAAGGCUAUGAUGAAAUAUGAAGAGGGUCGCUUGUGUAUUCAAGAAUUGGAACUUCAAACUGCAGAGGAAAAACUGAAAAAAAUUAGAGAAAAGAGGGAAAGCUACCAAGACCUGAGGAUGACAAUGGCAGAAGGAAUGCACGCUGCUCUUGGGGAAGAAUCUAACACCGAAGCCCCCACAGUAGGCACAGAGAGAGGGGAUUGUACUCGGAAGAAUAGGCAGCCGGUGCGAGACAGAGCUGAGGGUGUCUCCAGCCCCAUCUCUCCCCGCCAUCGAUCCACCAAUAACCAGGCAGCCUUCACACCAUCGAGACUAAGAGCUGAAGAAGACCAAGCACAAGAGAGAUAUUCACAUCUUACUGAACACAGCAAGCACCAGACUCUGAUCCUAAAGGGCCUGCAAGAAGAUGCAACCUUUGCCGAUGUGACGCUAACUGCCGAGGGACAGUCAUUAAAGGCGCACAAGGCAGUGUUGUCAGUCAUGAGCCCCUACUUCAGAGGUGUGCUGCAGAACAACCCAAGUCCUCACCCCAUCAUCAUCAUGCCUUUGGACAUGAGGUUUGAGGAUCUCAAAGGAAUUAUUGAUUAUAUUUAUAUGGGUGAGAUCACCGUACCAUCAGAGAAUCUGUCCUCACUGUUUUUCGCUGCUAAAGUCCUUCAGAUUACUGGCUUAUCCCCAGUUUGUACCAAAGGUGUAAGGGCACGUGAUGCACAAUUAUCUUGUAAUGAACAUUUAACACAUAAAUAUACAGGUGACACACCCAUACCAACUAGAACCAAUCUUCAUGAUGGUGUAAGGAUACGUACAAGCAGAAAUGAAGAUAUUGAUGAGCAACAGUCGUCUGAUACAUUCCAAAAGAACACAGGAUCCUCUGCCACUCAGAAUCCGUCACAGCUGGAACAUUUGCGUGAAAGAGCAAGCAGUUCAUUGCCUGUUGUGGAGGCUGUUGACCCAUUAGAUAUUAGUGACCAGGAGAAACCAGAGGAUUGGGUUUCAGUUGAUCAAGCGGAUAUUAUUGAUCAGGAGGAACCACAAGAUUUGGCUUCAUUUGAACAGACAGUUAUUUGUGACCAUAAGAAAAAAGAAGAUUCAGCUUCAGUUGAACAAACAGAAUACGAAGCUGAUCAUCCAAUGUCUUCAUUUAGUGGAACUAUUUCAAGUGGCAAAGAUGAUGCAUAUUUAGAAAAUGAUAGAGAUGAAUUAGACGACUCUCGGCUGCAUCAUCAAGGUCUUCAUUAUCAUCAGUCUCCAAGCACACAUGAAGUGAAGUAUGAGGCAAUGGAUAUUAAAGAAGAACCCAUUGAUUAAAAGACCAAGAAAGGAAAGAAGAGAUUGUUCCUGUUUUUCAAAUAUUUUCUUUAUCUUGUAUGAUAGAUGUGUAUGUUUGAUCUUGUUUACAUAUUGAUUAAUAGUAUUGAAAUAUGCAUUUGGAUUGCUGUGCAUUUUAUGAUCUUUAUUUAUUUGGAAUGUGUAAA